GAGCUGUAGAGCUGUUCAAACCUCCUAUAAAAGCAGCUUUUCAGUAGCUCGCCUCAGAGGCACACACAGAGAGUGAGACAGCCCUCCAUUGGAAGACAGGAACAUCAUGAAUUAUCUCACUGCUGUGCAACAUUAGAUUUUAAUUAUUUACUCUCAUUUACAAACCAUAAUUUAAUCUAUCUUUAAACCAAGCUCAAAUUUUUAUUUGACAAACACAAAAGAAAGAAAAUGAGGGGAAUGCGUCAUGAUGAUGUCCCAGACGACUUCUGGAUUCCUGUCCCUCUGGACACCAAUAACAUCACAGCCCUCAGUCCGUAUUUGGUCCCACAGGACCAUUUAGGAAGCAAGGCGCUUUAUUAUUCAUUGUCAGCGUUCAUGUUCGUGUUGUUUGUGUGUGGUACGACCAUCAAUGUCCUCACCAUUGCAUGUACUAUUCAAUACAAGAAGCUCCGCUCUCACCUGAACUACAUCCUGGUCAACAUGGCCGUGGCAAACCUCAUUGUUUCUUCUGCGGGCUCUUUCACCUGCUUCUACUGUUUUGCCAACAGAUACAUGGCUCUUGGUGUUUUGGGCUGCAAGAUUGAAGGAUUUUCUGCUACUCUUGGUGGAAUGGUGAGCCUUUGGUCUCUUGCUGUGAUUGCAUUUGAAAGAUGGCUGGUUAUCUGCAAACCACUCGGGAACUUUGCCUUCAAGUCGGAGCAUGCUUUGUUCUUCUGUGCUCUUACUUGGUUCUUUGCUUUGUGCGCUGCAGUUCCUCCUUUGGUCGGAUGGAGCAGGUAUAUCCCAGAGGGCAUGCAAUGUUCCUGUGGACCAGACUGGUAUACAACAGGCAACAAGUACAACACUGAGUCCUAUGUGCUGUUCCUCUUCUGCUUCUGCUUUGCCGUCCCUCUCUCCAUCAUCGUCUUCUGCUAUUCACAGCUGCUCUUCACAUUAAAAUCAGCAGCAAAGGCCCAGGCUGAGUCUGCCUCCACCCAGAAGGCAGAGAAGGAGGUGACCAGGAUGGUGGUCGUCAUGGUGCUGGGCUUCCUGGUGUGCUAUGUGCCAUAUACCUCCUUUGCUCUUUGGGUCGUCAACAAUCGUGGACAGACGUUCGAUUUGAGAUUCGCCACCAUACCAUCCGUUUUCUCAAAGGCCUCCACUGUCUACAAUCCUGUCAUUUAUGUCCUCCUGAAUAAGCAGUUCCGUUCAUGUAUGAGGAAAAUGUUGGGAAUGAGUGGAGGCGACGAAGAGGAGUCAACUACUCAGUCUCAAUCUGUCACUGAAGUCUCCAAAGUCGGACCAUCCUAGGCCGUUAGCCUAUCUUGAAUCAGUGCAAAUGGAAAUAGAAGCACGGAUGAUUUAUGCUACAAAUGUAUUUUUACAGUUCUUAGAGAUAGGAUUUUGCACAGAAAAAUGUUUAAAAAAAAGAAAAAAAUCAUAUGAUGAGAUAAUCUCUGUACAGAACCAUGAACAUAAAACACAUAUGUUUAGUCAGACCUAAAAAUAUGUGUUUUUCUUGUCAAGCAGACAAAUGAGGUCAAUGA